AUGGCCCCACCUUUCUUCUCAGACAUCUCCAAAGACAUCAACGGUCUUCUCAACAGAGACUUCUACCACGGCACGCCUGCCGCAGUAGAAGUCAAAACCACCGCGCCCAACGGCGUGGCGUUCGCCGUCAAGGGUAAAAACUCGCCCAAGGACAACACGCUGGCCGCGAACGUCGAGGCCAAGUUCACGGACAAGCCGACCGGUGUCACGCUCACGCAGGGCUGGUCGUCGGCCAACGCGCUGGACACCAAGGUCGAGCUCGCGGACCUGACGCCGGGGCUCAAGAGCGAGCUGGUCACGUCGUAUGUGCCCGGGUCGUCCAAGGCCGCGCGCCUCAACCUGAGCUUCGUGCAGCCCGUGUUCACGGCCCGCGGCGCGUUCGACCUGCUGAAGGGCCCCUCGUUCGUGGGCGACCUGACGCUCGCCCACGAAGGAUUCGUGGGCGGCGCCGAGGUCGGCUACGACAUCGCGGCCGCGGCCGUGUCGCGGUACGCGGUCGCGCUCGGAUACGCGCAGGGCGCGUACUCCGUGGCGCUCUCGAUCAACAACGCGCAGCUGACGACGGCCUCGUUUUUCCAGCGCGUGUCGCCCGCGCUCGAGGUCGGCGCCAAGGCCGCGCUGAACCCGCAGGCCGGCUCCAACGUCAACAUCGAGUUUGCCACCAAGUACGCGUUGGACGCGACCUCGCAGGUCAAGGCCAAGGUCGCCGACUCGGGCAUCGUCGCGCUCGCGUACAAACAGGCGCUGAGACCCGGCGUCGACCUGGGUCUGGGCGCGUCGUUCGACGCUCUCAAGCUCGCCGAGCCCGUGCACAAGCUCGGCUGGUCGUUGGCGUUUUCUGCUUGA